UUGCUUGUCAAGUACAUGAAGUACUGUCAAGAGUAUACUCAACGUUGAUUGAUAAAUUUUAUAAUAUUUCUGAGAUUUCAAACGCAUAAGGAUAUAGUUAUUAUAAAUAAUUAAAUUUUACUAUAAACAAAUCAACUUUAAACCGCAAUCAUGGCGAAAAUGGCUUUUCAACACCAAGCCGGAACGGCAAUGGAAUGUCUUAGUAUUCCAAUUACGCUCCAAAAAGAGGCCGGUGUUGAUGCAGAAGGUCGAGAAGUUAUGAAAUGUGGGUUCAAAAUCGGCGGUGGUAUUGACCAAGACUAUCGUAAGAGCCCCCAGGGCUAUACGGACAACGGUAUAUAUGUAACAGAAGUUCAUGAAGGAAGCCCUGCUGCAAAAGCAGGUCUACGGAUGCAUGACAAAAUUUUACAAUGCAAUGGAUAUGACUUCACGAUGGUAACACAUAAAAAAGCUGUUAGUUACAUUAAAAAACACCCUGUCCUGAACCUACUCGUAGCUAGGAAAGGGGUUACAUCUACAUAACUGGAGAUGUAAAGGUUAUUUUAAAUAUUUCUUUUAAGUUGAAAGAGUUCAAAGGCAAGUAUUGUAGAAUGAGUAAUUUUUAUAAAGUUAUUUAUUUUUAGACAUAUUGAGCACUUAGUUUGUAUAUUGAAGAACUCAGUAAUAUUAUAUUUUGUUGUUAGUUAUUUUCAUGGUUCGGUAACUUAUAUUAACAGUUAACACCAUUUAAAUGAGUGAGUUACCAUUGUAAUGUUUACAAAACUUAAGAGUUGGGUAAAUCCAUAUUGUCACGCAGAUGACAUGUGACCUGCAGUAUAAACAAAAUGAUUAAUGAAUUUCUCAUAAUAUAUAAAGAAUAAUUGAACUAUUUAUAUAAAUGUUAAAAAAAUGUGAUGAAUUUUAAUGUAUGAAUCAUUUAUAUGAUAUUUUUGUCAAUUAUUAUCAUGUUAUGAUAAUUUAAAUGUCAGAUUAUUUUAAUAAAUGUACAUUCCUUGAUUUAUUUUUGCAAUGUGCCAAAUUUUUUCCAACCUUCAUCCAACCCACUUAUUGUUUCAUUAAAUAGUCUGUUAGUCAAUGCAUUAAUUUUACUUAUGGAAAAUAAUUAUAUAAACAAUUUCUCUGGGUACUGCAGUGACAUGCCAAAGAAUAGUACAAGUAACCUAUUCAUAGAUGAGAAUCAAACUAACUAGUUUUUUCAAUAGUGUUUAUAGCCAACACAAAGGUGUUUUUAAAAAAUCAUUAUUGCAACAGUAAUUUAUUUAUUAAUUAAGUUCUAGUAUUAAGUCUUAUAUUUAUUAAGGUUCAAGACACACUACUCAAACGCUUUGUAUACCUGUUUUGCUGUGUCAACUAAAUAAAUAUUUAUAUAUAAUGUUUACCUUCUUAUACGUUCUUGCUAAAUGGACUGAUUAAAUGAAACUGGCUUAAUAACCAUUUAGGAAGAUAAUGUAUCCGCCAAUAUAUAUUUGUAUUAUCUAUGCUACAAAUGUUUAUUUUUUAUCUAUUUAUAUUACUUUGCAAGAGUAUGUUUAUCUUCUGUGAGCUAUUAUUCUUUUACGAAACUAUAUUCUUUUAUGAAACUAUACAAACUUUUUUUAUAUACAUGUACAUCUUAAAAACUUACUCAUGUCUAUGAGCUAAUGUUGUGUUAUUUCAUUCAGAAAAGAUCAAGAAUUGUUUUACAUCAAAAACUCUUAAGCAAUAAGUUUUUGUUAUGAAUUAUUUAGUAUAUGAAACAUUAUUAUCCGUUUACAUCUAAAUAAAUAAAGCAAUACAUCUAAGUGCAUUUCUUUGCUGCUUAUUUUUUAAAUAUUUAAUUUUAUGAAAUGGCCCAAGUAAGUUUCACAUUUACUCUUUAAGUGAAUAGCAUGCAUUUGGAUUUGGAAGUUUUAUUUUUGCUACUACAAUUAAAACUUAUGUAAACUGAUAUAUUAUUAUGAACCUUGAAAAAUAAAUUAAAAAGGUGAAUUUAUUGUAAUUUUUAAGAAAUAAUGUAC